UGCAGAUAGUGAUGUUUACGAUGAUGUGGAAACUGAUUUCCCACCUCCUCCUUUAGAAUCUAGUUUAUUUAUGAGCAAAAGAACUGACACUCUGGGAAAGUCUCCGGAUUACAAGACUCUCAAGAAGCUGGAAAAAGAAGAGAAGGAUUUCAGGAAGAAAUUUAAGUUCACAGGAGAUAUCCGAGUGCUCUCCAUAGUCCAGGUAGUGUUAAAUCUGUCAGCAAAGAAAUGGGGAUCCAAAGACUUACCUCUGAAGGCCGGAGAAAUCUUGGAUGUAAUACAACAUACAAGUGAUACCACACUUCUGUGUAAGAAUAAUGAGGGCAAAUGUAAGUACACAGUUGGAACA